AUGGUAAAAUUCAUAACCCUCCUGGUCCCUCACUUAACAUCCCGUCUAGUUGCUCCGUUAAAACACCCCACGUGCAAGGCACGCAGGGAGGCGAUCAUUUUGCUCUGUACUCCAUCUUUUCAUUCAGAAAACCCAGAAAAAUUUCAACAUUCCGAUAAGAAAACCCUAAUCGUGAUAUCUUCUCCUCUAAAAUGCAAUGGUGUUGUGGCGUAUACGUGCAAAUAUGGAGGAAAUCGAUGUUGGACGUCGUUACUGGGGCAUCCGACAAUCUUUUCCAUUAGGUUAUACCAUGGUGGAGAGUUCACCAAAUUUCCUGGAAGAAAUUACAUCAAAGGAAAACAAACGUAUAUAGACUUACUCGACAUGGAUACUUUCUCAGUGCAUGACAUUGAUGAAAUGAUGGAACAGUUAGGCUAUGUUGAUGAAGGUAUACCUUUGUACUAUCACUUUAAACGACCUUUCAGAUUUAGAUUUCGGGUUAUUUUCUUUGGGUAG